AUGCUAUUUAUGAAGAUGGACCUGUUGAACUACCAGUACUUGGACAGCAUGAACAACAAUAUCGGCAUUCUGUGCUACGAAGGUGAAGCUGCUCUCCGAGGGGAGCCCCGGCUGCAGACCCUCCCGGUGGCCUCGGCCCUCACCGCUCACCGCACGGGGCCCCCGCCCAUCAGUCCCAGCAAGAGGAAGUUCAGCGUGGACCCCGGUGACGACGACCUGGACUGUGACGCUGACCAUGCUUCCAAGAUGAGUCGCAUCUUCGCCCCCCACCUGAACAAGACGGCCAACGGGGACUGCCGGAAAGACCCCCGGGAGCGGAGCCGCAGCCCCAUCGAGCGGGCCGUGGCCCCCACCAUGAGCCUGCACGGCGGCCCCCUGUACGCGUCCCUGCCCAGCCUGAGCAUGGAGCAGCCCCUCGCACUGACCAAGAACAGCCUGGACGCCGGCAGGCCGGCCGGCCUCUCGCCCACCCUGGCCCCGGUGGAGCGGCAGCAGAACCGGCCCUCGGUGAUCACGUGCGCCUCCGCCAGCGCCCGCAACUGCAACCUCUCGCACUGCCCCGUGGCGCACAGUGGCUGCGCGGCCGGCCCGGCCAGCUACCGGCGGACCCCGAGCUCCACCUGCGACCCCGUGGUGGAGGAGCACUUCCGCCGGAGCCUGGGCAAGAACUACAAGGAGCCGGAGCCGGCCCCCAACUCCGUGUCCAUCACGGGUUCCGUGGACGACCACUUCGCCAAGGCCCUGGGCGACACGUGGCUCCAGAUCAAGGCGGCCAAGGACGGCGCGUCCAGCAGCCCCGAGUCGGCCUCGCGCCGGGGCCAGCCAGCUAGCCCCUCGGCCCACAUGGUCAGCCACAGCCACUCCCCGUCCGUGGUCUCCUGA